AUGGAAGAGUACUUGAAAAAAAUAUGGUAUGAUCCUGCUCACCCUGGGUCUUUCGCGGGACCCUCAAAGUUAUAUCAAGUUGUGAAACAAGAGGGUAAAUUUAACGUGGGUAUGAGUAAAAUUAAAAAGUUUUUACAAAACCAAGAUGCUUACUCCUUACAAAAGAAAGUACGCAGAAAGGGAUUUAAAAGAAGAAGAGUCGUGGUACAGGGAUUGGACUACCAGUGGGAAGCUGACUUAGCGGAUGUUCAGAAUUUGUCCGAAAACAACGAUGGCAUCAAAUUCCUUCUCGUGAUUGUUGACGUGUUCUCUCGAUUCCUGUGGGUUCGUCCAUUGAAAGACCGAAAAGCCAAAUCCGUUAUUGAAGCCUUCAAAGAUGUGUUGGUGGGACCGAGACGCCCCAGAACCAUUCGAACUGAUAAAGGAUCCGAAUUUUACAACCGUUUUUUACAACAGUAUCUCAAAGACCAAGGAAUCAAAAUUUUUUAUGCCUUGAAUGAAACUAAGGCCAACUUUGCCGAGAGAUACAUUCAGACACUAAAAAAAAGAUUGUAUCGAUAUUUCACUCAUCUGCAAAAAUACAAAUACCUCGAGAUCUUGCAAGAUGUAGUUCGAUCGAUCAACCACACACCGAAUCGAUCUCUAAAUGGGCGCAAGCCGGCAUCUGUGACCAAAGAGAACGAAGAUGAGGUGAGGUUAGAUGCUUACCUGGUUCGACAGAAAAAAGAAAAACGACAGCUUCCCCUGAAGAAAUCCUCCAAGAUGAAAAAGCGUUUACCAUAUACCUUUAAAGUGGGAGACCAAGUUCGAAUUACGCAUUUACGACAUCUGUUUCAGCGGGAUUAUGAUCAAACGUACACUGAAGAAGUGUUUGUGAUUCGAGAAAGAUUUGUGUCUCAAGGCAUUCCUAUUUAUAAAUUAAAAGACCUAGCAGAUGACCCGAUUCAAGGUACAUUUUAUGCCAGCGAACUGCAGAAAGUCUUAAAAGACGAAAAGACAGUCUGGAGAAUUGAUAAGAUUUUACGCAAACGCAAAGUUCGCGGGAAAGAAGAGGUAUUAGUGAGGUGGCUGGGAUGGCCCAAGAAAUUUGACAGUUGGAUUCCUCGAAAGGACAUAAAAGAAACGUAA